GUGCAUUCACUUGCCCAACGACGACCGCCUGUUUCCAGGACGGCUGGAGACCCAGAUUGCGGACUUCAGAGAGCCUGACACCGAGUGGGCCGUCGACAGAAUCCUAUCGCACACGGGGCCCAGGAAGGCACAUCCUUUGAGGUACAGUGGCAAGCAGGCGAUAUUACCUGGUUACCAUAUGACCAGGUAACGCACCUGAACACGCUAUCAGAAUAUUUCGAUCUACUCGGGAUAUCAGAAAUUUCGGAACUGACAGAUGGACAAGGAAUGAACCCUAAUGACAACCAGCCGAUAUCUCUAGGAGCGGUCGCAUUUGAGGUCAACCAACGCAUAAAACCCCGUCCCAUUCCUCCAAAUCCCCCAUCUAUCAUUCACUCCAAUGACUCACCAAGAACCACACACUCCGCCCCCCUCGUUAACUUCACCGAGCGUGACCAAGACUUCAUCAUCACCAACCCUGACGACGUGGAUGAACUCCGCCUCGUCACCCGCAGCCAACUGAAGGUGUUUAUCCUAUACUCCUAUGCCCUUUGUAACAAGGCUCCGUCGGCUCGCCCUGCCUGCCCUCUGGGCUAUGAGUACUUCGCUCGCGCCUACAAUCAUGAGGGGCUUACCACUACUGCCUCUGUCAUUGACAACCAGGGCUUUGUGAAGUGCGAAGGCGCGUCCAUUGAGAUGGGCAAUCUCUUGGAUGACGAGGAUGAAGACAUCACUCUGUCGGCUACGCGUAUGGACCAAGUUGACCGCAUGGUGUGGCACACUGCCCUCUCUGCCGCUCAUCAGAGGGACAAGAUGGAGGAGUGCCGCUUGAUGAACAAGAAGAGCAAGAACUUCUUCAAGAAGCAGCAGGUCAAGAUGUUUAGAAAGGGGUUUGGGAACCCAAAGGGGAACACGCUUAGCACUGGCGCCCCCAGAGGGACCAAGGCAUUGGGCAGCGCCCAGCCGCCCGUCGAGGACGAGAUGAACACCGUGGAGUGAGGAUCCACUGAACGAGCUUCACCUUUGGACGAGAGAGUGACCUCUCUCUGGAGGGGGAGAUGUAACGGUUGCUGUCAUAUACGUUAAGUGGCGGUUGCUGUUUCACAUUCCUAAGACUGUCAAUUAUUCCCCUGACUAUCAUUUAUUCUGUCCCUACUUCUUACCUAUCUUUCAUUGCUAGGAUCCGAUACGUCCUAUCUUACCUUUAUCAUAUGCUUGCA